UUUAUAUAUGUAUGUGUCUGUGUGUGUGGCUGCGGCUCGACAACUAAAAAUAUAUUGUGCGCUUCAUAUUUUUGGAUUCGACUUCAGUGGUUGCCCCUUUGCGACGUUGUUGCUGGGUCGCUGCUUCUUAGAUUUUGUAAGCAAAGCACGAAAUAAAUAUAUAUAACAUCUACAACAACAACUAAGGUGUUUUGGGCCCGUGGCGCGACAGGCAUAAAGCAAACAGCAACAGACUUUGCCUGUGUUAGAUGCCAAAUGCUUCAGCAGAACAGAGAUUGAUGCUGCCAGUCAACGCACAAACAACAACAACAACAACAUACGACAACCGCCGUGUUGCUUACAAACAGCAAUUGAGAUAUUUCGAUUUCGCUUAAUGACGCUGAUUAAAACAUGAACGCACUCGAUAUGAAUAAACAAUUUCUAAGCGUUUCGCACGAAUCGCACUCGAGCGAUGCCCAACGCAAUCGAACACGCUCGGAACGCGCUUCGAGCUUGGCCUUGCCGCUCAACUCACUGCUGGACUUUUACGACAAGCAGCAGGAGCAAUGCAAAUCGGUUACUUUGCUGCCGCUGCCCAGCGGCAACAAUAGCAACAGCAACAGCAGCACCAACAUCGACAACAUCGACAACAUCAACAACAGCAGCAGCAGCAGCUCCAGCAGCAUUGUGCGUCGUCAUUCCUCCCACUACUAUCCCAUGCUCGAGGACAAGCAGAAGCCAAACCCACAACUGCCGCAAUCUGCCGCCGAUUUGCUGGUAAACAUGGCGGAUCAGAAAUAUUGCAAGUCAGCCAAGCAGCAGCAGCUGGUGCGUGUGGACACGCCCGUAACGCCACCGCCGCCGAUACCACGUCGCCUGAUGCGCGCCGUCAAAUGCGGCUGGCAGAACGGCAGCCAGGAUGUUGGCCAGGAUAUAGUCGCCGCUGCCGCCGUCGCCGCCGCCGCCGCUGCUGCUGCAGCUGGCAAUGGCAGCGUAUUUGUUUAUCCGCAGCCAACAAGCCAGAGCAUUGAGUGCACAGCGAGUGGCGGUGGUGUGGGCGGGGCAGAGAGCGUGGCACAAUCAGCGCUGCUUGUUGACCUGGCCGCACGUCCGACAUACGCGGAUGCCGAUGGCAUAUCCGAUGACGACCGCAUGAGCUUGGAGAAUUCCGUUUUCGAUGAGUCACUGACCUCGACACCCGUCAAGGUCGCCGGCUAUGCGCAAGGCAGCAGUCGCUAUGGCAUGAUGGCCAAGCGUGCCCAGCGCUCCUCGAGCAGCACCGCCGACUCGGCGUACGGCUCCUCGACGGGCGGGCAUAGCGAGCGGUUCGCCUCCAGCUCGACCAGCGUCGAUUUUCGCAGUCGCUUCUCCUCGGUGGACACGCAAUCGUCGCUGGACGAGAAGCCUCCGAGCAUUUCGAUUGAUUCGCCGCUGGCCAAGGACACGUGCCGUCUCGAGAGAGCCGCACUCAACGAUGUCAUGCACAAGCUCAACAACAAUCUAUACAACAACAGCAGCAACAGCAACAGCAUCAACAGCAGCAACAGCAGCAACAGCAAUCCCAACAACAACAAGUUGCCGCAGGUGCCGGCCCGUAAGCUGCCGCAGCUGCCGGCCAAGCUGCCACCGCCGCCGCCCAAUCCGAAGAGCAGCCAUAACUGCUCCAGUGACAGCAGCAAGGAGAGCAGCAGCAGUGUCUCGGCCUCGGCGUCAACUUCAUCCGCUGGCAGCGGCUCCAGCACCAUAUCCAGUGCCACCAUGUCAUCCAGUUCGGGCGCUGAGGCUGCCGGCGCCGUGGCCGCAAUCGCAGCCAACAAUCAAGCGAAACGUCCAGGUCCGCCGGAGCCGCCCCUACGCAAUCUCAGUGCUUUCGAGUGCAUGGAUAAUGUGGCCAAAGUGCAUCAGCCGCCGCCGCCGCCGUUGACCGUGCGCAACAAGCUGACGCGCAAGAAGCCGCCGCCCAUCGUCUAUCCCAAGUUGCAGCAGCGCCAGGACUCGACGCUCUCCAGCGACAGCUACUCAAUCAGCUCCAGUCCGGGCUACAACUCGAAGCUAAUGGAGACGCCGCUGCUCGCCGCCACGCAGACAGCGCGCAAGAGUCAAGCGCCCAGCGUGGUGCAGCGACAGCCGUUGAUGGAUUUGGUACCCACACGUUUUGCCAUUGGCUCCGGCAGCAGUCAGCAGCAGGCGACGCCGAUGCGUGGCAAAAUGAAUUUCCGCCAGGACUCGACGAUAUCCAGCGAUAGCUUCAGCCAGACCUCCAGUCCUGGCUACAAUCCCAAGCUAAUGGAGGCGCCGCUGUUGCCCUCGCUGUCCGCCAAGCGGCUGUGCAGCGCGCCAGCGCCCAUUGUCUGUCGCCAGGGCGUGCAACAUGAGCCCAUCGAGGAGCUGGAGCCGCCGCAAACCUUGUCGCCGCUCAACAAGUGCGCCAGUGCCACGCCCAGCAGCCUACAAACCAUCGUGCGCUUCCAGAAUGGCGCACCGCACACCAUGUCCUUGCAGCAUCAGAUCAUCAAUCGUCGCAAGAGCUCGAAUCCGUACAUCACCAAUGGUCGCUUGAAGUUUCGCCUAUUCCAAAUCCUGAUCAAUGCAUUCGCCUUGCUCGCCAUUGCCGGCGGCUUGGCUGCCUACUUCAAUGCGUAUCCCACAAUUAAGUUCGUCAACAAGACGAUCAUCAACACCAUCCAUGUGGAGGACACGUCGAACUUUGGCAAGAAUCCCGCACCGGGCACCUGCCUGCCCAUCAUCAUCAAGUUCUGCCAGGGCUCGCAGAUACCCUACAAUUAUACCGUAUUUCCCAAUUACAUUGGGCACUUUGGCCAGCUGGAGACGCAAGUGGAUCUUGACUCCUUCGAGGCGUUGGUCGAUGUGCGUUGCUAUGAGCUAGUCUCGCUCUUCCUGUGCACGCUCUUUGUGCCCAAGUGUGGACAAACUGGCGCCGCUGUGCCGCCCUGCAAGACGCUCUGCACGGAAACAAUGCGUCGCUGUGGCUUCUUUUUCGACGUUUUUGGCUUGAGUCUGCCGGAGUAUUUGAACUGCAAGCUCUUCAAGGACUUCUCCAGUGCCGAGGACUGCGUGGGCUUGGAUGAGGUGCGUGAGGUGAUGGUGUCGUCGGCAAAUCCCAAGUGCGAUGGCUUCCAGUGCGAUACCAGUCGUUGCCUGCCCAAGGAAUAUGUCUGCGAUGGCCAUUUGGACUGCAUGGACCAGGAGGACGAGGGCAACUGCUCGCGCUGUCACGAGGGCGAAAUCUAUUGCGGCGAUGAUCGUUGCAUUAGCAUCGAUCACAUUUGCGAUGGCGUCAUCGACUGUCCCUACGCGCAGGACGAACGCAAUUGUCUGCGUCUGAGUGAACGCAACGGCGAUGUGGGCUCGGGCGUCUUGGAGGUGUUUCGCAUGAACAAGCGCCAAUGGAUGCCGGCCUGUGUCAAGAAUUGGGAUCGCGCCGUCUCGCCCAGCGCUGUCUGCUCCAUCUUGGGCUAUUCGGCUGUGAAUGCUACCAGCGUGGUUACCCAGCGCACGCAUCGUCCGCUGCUGGCCUCGGUGAAUGUCUCCACGGACAUCUGGAAGCUGUAUGCCAAACGCCGCUCGACGCUGAUGCAGGAAUUCGCCAACUGCCGGCAGACAGAGGAUUAUCCCAUAGCUGAGCUCACAUGCUCCAAUUUCGAGUGCGGCAAGGUCAAGCGCGGACGUCACAAGCCCUCUAGACGCAUCAUUGGCGGCUCCCAGGCGAAUCCCGGCAAUUGGCCUUUCCUGGCUGCCAUCCUAGGUGGACCCGAGAAGGUAUUCUACUGCGCAGGCGUUCUCAUCUCCGAUCAGUGGGUGCUCACGGCCUCCCAUUGUGUGGGCAAUCAUACGGUUAUUGAUUUGGAGGAUUGGACCAUACAGCUGGGCGUUACGCGUCGCAAUUCCUUCACCUAUACGGGUCAAAAGGUCAAGGUCCGAACAGUCAUACCACAUCCGCAGUACAACAUGGCCAUAGCACAUGACAACGAUAUAGCCCUCUUUCAGCUUGCCACUCGUGUUGCUUUCCAUGAGCAUCUGCUGCCCGUCUGUCUGCCGCCGCCCAGCAUCAAGAAUCUGCGACCCGAGCAGCUGUGCACGGUCAUUGGCUGGGGCAAGCGUGAGGACAAGGAUCCCAAGUCCACCUAUGAGUUUAUAGUCAAUGAGGUGCAGGUGCCCAUCAUUACGCGCAAUCAAUGUGACGAAUGGCUGGAUAAUCUAACCGUAUCCGAGGGCAUGGUCUGUGCGGGCUACGAUGAUGGUGGCAAGGAUGCCUGUCAGGGCGAUUCGGGCGGACCUCUGCUGUGUCCGUAUCCUGGCGAAAAGGAUCGCUGGUUUGUUGGCGGCAUCGUCUCGUGGGGCAUAAUGUGCGCCCAUCCCAAGCUGCCCGGCGUCUAUGCGAAUGUCAUCAAGUAUGUGCCCUGGAUCAACGAGCAAAUACAGAAAUAUUCACGUCCAGCCAGCGAGGAGCCGGUGCAAAAAUACGAUCUACAUCCGGGUGGACCAGAUAUACUAUCGAAAAUGUCAUCGGGUCCGGUAAGGAAGCGCAAGCCCUUCAACUAUCACAACGGCAAGCCGAAGGGCAUUGACUUCUACGAUAGCGAGGAGCGUAAGUAAACGAGCAGAAGUAAUUGUAAUACCACUAAAUACAUAUGUAUACCUAGCCUAUAUAGUGAAUAUGAAUAUGAAUAUGAAUAUGAAUAUGAAUAUGGCAUAUGAACUUUGAAUACAGCAUAUCCUUGAAACGUUUGCACAAAGCACAAAGCCAAAAAGCAGUUGUGCUCAAUACACACACACACAAACACAUAC